AUGUCGAAGAUAUUUAAGAAGCUUUUAAAAGCCCUAUUAAGCAUUAAAAAUGAGACAGUACAUUAGUUAGAUAUUUUUGGUCAAUUGCCUAGCUUUACAGUCUUAAAUAAAAGUAGAUACACUUCAAAUUUCGGCUUCAUUAUGUCAAUAAUUAUCGGCUGUUUAGCCUUAUAUUAUUUAGAUUCUGAGAUAGCUCCAAUGAUUAUGAAAUAAAAACCAUCUAUUUAUCAAUCAGAAAUUAAAGUGAUCGAAACUGAAGUACAUAACUUUAAUAAUGAUUCUAGGCUUAAUCACUUACAAAUUCUAAUUUUACCUUAGCAGUAUCAAUUGCUAGCUAAUUUUCGCAUCCAACAUAGGGAAUUAACAAAUAUUACACUCUGAACAUUAGUUAAUGCGUUAGAUAGAGAAUAAAAGAUGAAAGAACAGGAAAUUUAACUGUUUCGCUAGAGUAAAUUAUUUUAGAUGAUGUUUUAGUUGCUAAGAAAUUCCAAUAGAAACAUGUAAUAUGUCUCAUUUUACAACUGAAUUGUAGAAGUAAUACUUUUCAACUAUCAGAUUAGGAACAGUUUAGUGUAUAAAAAAAGAUUAUUUAGAAAAUAAUCCACUUGUAAAUAUAUUCAUUAUAUCUAUAGAUCUUGCAAGGUCAAUUUAAUGCUAGAACAUACAAGUAUUUGUUCAUCACAUUUUCAGCUUGUCAAAAUUCAACUGAAUUUUAGGAAUGUGCCCCAUAAGAAGAAAUUAAUAAAAUUUUGGAAGCAGGAUAAUAUAAUGUUUAUAAAAGUGAUUACUUAACUUAACUUGAACAUUCUGGAUAACCUUAUGAAUAAAUUAUUACAAAUGAAUUUACUACAUUUUCACUAAGUACAUCCAAAACCAUUGUCCAUUCAUAUCGAAUUAUGCAAACUUAAACAGAUUAAGGAUUAAUUAUGGAAGAUGAUUAUACAAAUUCUAAUUUAUAGUAAUCAGAAUGGAGAGAAAUAUCUGACUUUUAUAAUCAUCAAUAUUUGGUUUGUCAUUACAUUAAGUUAGACUUUAAGUAAACAAAUAUAAAAAGAAAUUAUAUAAAACUUUAAACUAUUCUUGCAAAAAUUGGAGGCAUUUUAUAAAUUUUAACUUUGAUUGUAGGUAUAUUUCUGAAACCUAUAAUCGAUAAUUUAAUGAAAUUCGAAAUUGUUUCAUAACUAUAUAGUUAUGAAGAAGAUUAAAUUGAUCGAAACAUCUUACCUGAUUAAAUUAUUUCUAUUGAAAGAGAUCUAUAAUCACCAUCAAAUUAGAGUAAGUUUUAGAAUUUUUGUUCAUCUGAAGAAAAAAUUCAUUGUAAAAAAGCAAUCGCUUAAGAAUCUUGUUUACAAACUUUUCUCAUUAUUUUUGGGUUUAAGAAAUUUAAACACAAUUAAUUUUGUAGAGCUAAGAAAAAAAUAAUAAAAAAUUUAGAUAUAGUUACAAUAUUAAGAAAGUUAUAAGAUAUAGAUACUAUUAAGAAGAUAAUAUUUACAUAGGAAUAGUUGGAACAACUAAAAAAGAAGCCUCGACCAAAGAUAAUGAAAAUCAAGUAAGAUAGCAUAAUUGAGAAAGAUUUGAAUUAACAAGAUCAAGGAUUUACUAAAUCAAAUAUUUUUUCUUAAUAAUUAACAGAUGUUACUCAACCUACAUAAAAAAUGUAGAAUGUAUUUAAGUGUUACAUAGAAAAUUAAUUCUAAUAAUAUCUUCAAAAUUCAACUUAAUUAUAAUAAUAGACUAAAAUAGUUGAUUAAGAAUAAUCAAAUAGAACUAAUGUUCUUUUAGAUACUCAAAAUUCACCAAAUUUAAAUGAAAUAAAAUCGAAAAAUAUGGAUGAGCCAUAACUUAAAUCACUAAAAUUAGGAAAAUAAUCUAAUGUUGAAGUUUGUUUAAAGUUAUGA